AUGACUUCUUACGACUUUUUCGCGUCCUGUUCUACGCCCAAACGCCAGCGGACGUCUAACGAGAGAGAAAGACUGGUUGAGAUUCCCAUCGAGGGCCCUUCCAGAAGGAAAACCCCAGCAUAUCUCGACCUCAAUGGCUGUGACUUUCUCUCAAUGUCUGGUAGUGCUUCUUUGCCUUUCGACUCUCCUACCGCAUCGCAAUCCUUCUCCAAAAAAGAAAAUCGAUCAGCCACAUAUUUUCCAGAUUUCGACAAUCUUCAAGCGCUUCUUCUCCCUCAAGCGAACUUCAAUGAAAAUUUCAGAUCCGAAGUUGGAUUUGGGAUAAAAUCAGUUCCUGACAACGUCUUAAGGCCUCCUCAGAUCAACCGCGCUGAGCUCGAAAACGUCGAGAUCCCAUUCAACCUGGGCACCUUAGAAUACCAUUUGAAAAACGUCCCGCAACCGCCAGCUGUGUUAGCGGAAAACCUGAUACGCGCCGAACCGAUCAUGAAUGGAAGUCAAAACUAUUUCUUGGAAGAACGUUGGUUUAAUGAGAAUAUUCCCAAAACGACACCCGAAUCUUCCUCCUACCCACCAUUGACGUCUUUAAGUUCAAGUUCAGAUUGUAAUCCGAUCACAGAUUUUGAGGCUUCCCUAGACACUUUUUCAUCCACGUCGAACUUUAAUCUUAGUCCAACCCAUCAUGAGAAUAAUAAUAAUAAGAAGAAGAGGUGUGCCGAGGAAGCGCUUGAAGAUCCCACCAUGAAACAAUUGACACAUGGUGAUCUAAACCUGAUGGAUAGUGGCUCAAACUUAGUGGAUAAUGACCUAAAGAACUUGUUCAUUGUUCCGAUGUUGUCUCUCCAUGUUACUAAUAACCUUCGGGAGGCCGAAAAUAUCGUCAAUAUGAUCAGGUGUGAAGCUACUAAAAGGCAGCUAUACUCUAAGGAUAGAGAUAUUUGGUCGGAGGAAGCUUCGCGUGCUUUUGACGAAGCCAUCAGGGUAAUUCCGCGACUUGGUCGGGCGAAGAUUCUGGCUCUAACACCCGAAGGACGGAAGCCGUUCGGUCGGAAUGAGUUGAUCGCCGACUAUAUCUAUCGGAGGACCGGAAUCGUUCGUCAUCGGAAACAGGUCUCGAGUCAUAUUCAGGUGAUCAAAAAUUCUAAAAAAUUCGAGCCACUCGCUGAAUUACUCGACCAAGUCAACCAAGUUACAAACAUGACAUUCGACCAAUGUUCGGCGAGUUGGUUUGGAGCCUACUUAUCGAAAGACGUCUUGGUACUCUAUCCGUGCACACCUGAAUUCCCCUUUCCUAGUCGAACCUUACAACACCAUUCACCCCCUCAAAACCAAGACGAAUUCCUCACUUUCCUCGACGAAGUUGCUCUUGCUCGUCAUUCUAAACCUUUCCCCUAAAGAAAAACAUCCAUCGAACUUUCGACUUCCUUAAUUUUUCAAACCCCU